AUUCUGUCGAUAAAUGAGAUACAAGCACUGUAGAAUUUCUAAGAAAUGAAUAAUGACCAGUUUUACUUUUGGAUUUUACUUUUGAUCUUCAGCACCAUGUAUAAAAUCCAACCAGGUAGACACUGGGUUACUGCACAAUCCCCAACAAAGCCACCAAUUGAUCAGCCUGAAAAAGAGCUCAAAGUGAAUAUCGGCGACUCGGCUAGUCUGCAGUGUUGUGUUGCUAAAAAUGUAGUUGGCAUGAUUGCCUUGUUUAAGCAACCAAACAGACAAAGGCCUCAGCUAAUAGUCAAACUCUUUAAAAGUGCUAGAGGAACAUUUUCCACUGAAUUUCAAAUUCCUGGUGUCCAAAUAGAAAAAUCUUCAAACUGCUUCAAUAUAAUCAUUUUGAAUAUCACUCAGUCUGAUGAAGCCAUGUACUACUGUGCAGUGACAGUGCCCUAUGUUGUGUUUGCGGAUGGAACUUAUUUAAAAAUCCAAGGUGAGCAUGUUACUAUUACAUCAGAAACAGCUAAACCCACUCUGAGUGAUAAUUCAGUGGUGUGUGAACCAACACUGCAUGGAAACAACACUAACAUGAACACACAAGAGAACACAGUAUCAGAAAUGAUCAGAUCUCUACAUUGGACAGUGAUCGGUUUGGGAACGGCUUUGGGUUUGUGCGCACUUCUGAUUUUCUGCCUCACUUAUUACAUACUGAGGAGAAGAAAACGUGAUAAAAGUAAGUGCUUUUGUUAUAAGAAAAUAAUUACAGUUAUUUUUAUUUUUAUUAAAAACACUAAUAGGUGUGUUUCUGUAUUCAUAGUAAAUGCUUCUCCAGGAACAAGGCAGGAAUAUGAAGAAGAAACUCUGAAUUACGCAGCUUUGCAAUUCUCCAAGAAGAAAGCCAAAGCUGAAAAAAGAAAAACUGGCUCAUCCGAUGAGUGUGUGUACUCCGAUGUGAAUACAACUGUACGAUAUAACAUAGUUGAUUCAUAACACACAGAAGAUUUUCAUGAAAAACGUCUAAUUACUGCAAAAUCAUCAAAACAAUAUUUAUGCUAAUUUCAAAUUUGCCAGAUAAAUGUAUAACUAUAAGCAAAAUGACUUUAUUAAUAAUUAAUGAUAAUUAAUAAUUUCAUUUGAUGAUCUUAUUUCUGUUUACAUUAAACUCAUUUUUUUUAAACUGAUUUCAUUAAAUUUUCCUGUUAUUAACCUUGAAGGACAGAGAACUUUGUAAAACUCUCUAUUUUUAUAUGACUACAGUGUUGCACUUUGUAGAGAUUUUAUUGUAUAAUCUGUAUGACUCUGAUAUUUACUGAAGACACA